AUGAUGGGCAUUUAUUUGAACAGAAGAGUCAUUCUUGGAACUAUGUUUCGAGUUUUUAUGGUCUUACUCUUGUUCAGGAUUGGCUUUUCAAAUGUUAUUCCAGCAUCUUUUGUUUUUGGAGAUUCCCUGAUCGAUGUGGGGAACAACAACUACAUUGUUUCACUGGCCAAAGCAAAUUAUGACCCUUAUGGAAUUGAUUUUGGAAUGCCCACAGGCCGUUUCACUAAUGGAAGAACAAUAAUUGAUAUUAUAGAGCAGCAACUAGGACUUUGCUUUACUCCUCCUUACUUAUCUCCCACUACUGCUGGAUCCACGGUUCUAAGGGGUGUCAAUUAUGCCUCUGGUGCAGGUGGAAUUCUAAAUAACUCUGGCGAAAUUUUUGGUGGUCGAAUCAACUUUGAUGCACAGAUUGAUAACUUUGCAAAUACCAGGGAAGAAAUUAUCUCAAUAAUUGGUGUCCCUGCAACUCUCAAUUUGUUUAAAAAGGCCCUUUUCUCAGUAGCAUUUGGCUCAAAUGAUUUCCUUGAUAACUAUUUGACACCUAUAAUCUCAACUCCGGAGAGAGAGUUGGUAUCUCCAGAAUCAUUUGUGGCCAUCAUGAUAUCAAGGCUCAGACUACAGCUUAUGCGGCUAUUCAGUCUAGGAGCCAGAAAAAUUUUUGUGGCAAAUGUAGGGCCUAUAGGGUGUAUACCCUAUAUGAGGGAUUUUAACCCUGAUGCUGGAGAUGACUGUGUCACUUUCCCCGAUCAGCUAGCUAAAUUAUUCAACACCCAAUUGAAGAGCCUUAUUGAAGAGCUGAGAACAAACCUAGAAGGGUCUUUAUUUGUUUAUGCAGAUGUUUACCACAUUGUCGAAGAUAUCCUACUGAAUUACAAUGCAUAUGGUUUCGAGAAUCCUAAUUCAGCAUGCUGUCACCUGGCUGGUCGAUUUGGAGGCUUGAUCCCAUGCAAUCGUAAUUCAGAAGUUUGUGAGGAUAGAUCUAAGUACGUUUUCUGGGAUACUUAUCAUCCUAGUGAUGCAACCAAUGUUAUCAUCGCAAAGCGACUCUUAAAUGGUGAUACCAAUGACAUUUCACCUAUGAACGUUUGGCAACUCUCCCAAGCUUGA